GAAUUUUUAAGAUUUAUAACUGAAUUAUCAAUCACUUAUUUAAAAUUAAUAUAAGAUAGAGAUCAUAAUCCUCUCCAAAAACUAUAUAUAUUUGCUUUCACCGUUUGAUAGGGUUCUUAUUCGCGCCCAUUUCCUUCCACUUUAAGACUGAAACUCUCAAUUUCUCUCUGAAACGUUCUCGAUUCUCUCGAGCUUUUCUCCGUGAUCUCGAUUUCUCUCUCUCGUAUUCCACUGUUCCCGCCGUCUCUGAUCGCUCAAGAUCUCUCCAUCUCUUGUGCUCGCUCCAUCUCUGGUUGUGAAGCAAAGAAGAUGUAUAACAGUAUUGGGUUACAAACUCCCAGAGGGUCUGGCACCAAUGGCUACAUCCAGACCAAUAAGUUCUUUGAGUCCAAAAACCAGAAAGGUUGCUGAAAGCUCUAGAGGAUUCGAGGAAUACCAGGGCAUUGCUGGAGUUUCAAGAAAACCUAAUGAAGACAUUCUUGAACACGAUGUCAAGCGUUGGAUUGAACUCAAACUUGUUAUACUUGAGGACAAGCUCACUGACCAAGGUUAUACAGUGGAUAAAAUUUCUGAGAAGUUAAGGGAGGUUCGUGAGACUUUGGAAGCUGCUUUAGAGGAAAAAGAUGGAGCUUCUGCCAUUGUAUUUGCAGAUAAGAGUUUAUCAAAUACACAGACUCACCGAAUUGCCGCAAGAAAGGAGGGGAGCAGAUGAAAAAAUUGAGAGCUGCUCUUCGGACGAUAGUGAACUGGUUAGAGAAGGGAUUUCCGAUCCAUCAAGGAAUAGAAGAGAGAGCCACAAUGCCGAUAUUAAGCACCAUGAGAAGUCUGAAUAUUCUUUUCUGAACAGGAAUUGAACUGGAAAAAGCAUGAAACUGAAGAUCAGUAUGAUGAUAAGGAUGACGAGAAAAAGGUUUCCAAAGUGUUGAAAGGUCAUCAGAAGGAUAGAAAAAGAAGGCAUAAGGAUGAUUCUUCUGAUACUGAUUCUGGUGGUGAGCUCAAGAAAACCAAGAAGAAUAUGAAUAAACCACAUUGAGCUUGACCCGUCUAACCUUUUGAGGCUAAAUUCUUUACUCCUAUCUUUAGUUUAGAUCAUACGAAAUUUUAGAUAUUAAAUUUGUAAUUUUACUAAUAAUGAUGGUAAAUGGUAGAUACUUAAUAGACUUGUAAUUGAUUUUUUUUAAGAAAAAAAGACUUGUAAUUGAUGUAAAAAUGACUCUGUAGUGGUACAAUUUCAUAUAUCUCAUAAUAUCUCGAUUAGUGAAACAUUUCAAGUUAAAUAUAGGUUAAAUUUCAAAA